UAUUUGUUAUAGGUGUCAAGGCAAGGGCCAUCUAGCAAAGGAGUGUCCCACAAAACGAGUUGUGAAGUCAGUACUAUCUGAAGCAAAAGAAACAAACUUGGAGGUAAGUGAUUCCGAUACUAGAAUUGAUGAUUCCUUUUCUAGAAUGGAUAAACAUAUUGAUGAUCUUAUCAACUUGAUUAAAGCUAGAUCUACUUCUGUUUCUAGUAAUUCCAUGACUGUCUUAACACACUUGUCUAGCGCCCAAAAGGUUGAAAGUAUUUCAGGUACUAACAUAGAAAUCAAGGAACAAGAAACCAACCUUGCUGCGCAAUCAAGUCCAACACUUGAUAAGGUGAUUUCUGAACAUAAAGUGAAUAAUCUUACUUAUCAAAACACUGGUAUGAUGCACUUGCACUCUGUCCAGAAUGUUGAUGAAGGUCUAGGUAAUGAGGAGACACGUACAGAAGCUAAACCACAAGAGAAUAAUGAGCAAUCUACCCUAGAGACCUCUACACCAGCUGAUCAUGCUUUAGAGGUAGUAAAUACCAAAGCUGAAUCAAUGCAAGAUAACCAGGUACAAUGGAGAAGCAUCCAGAACCAAACUCACAACCUUACACCCAAGCAGUGGUCAAUGGAGAAACCAAUUGUGAAAUAGGAGAUUUCGAAAAGGAGACCACGAUCCUUCCAAGGGAAAUCAUAGACCGACCAUGGAAAGGGGGCAUAGCUUCCCUACUGAUCAAAGAAGAACCACCAGAUGGACAAUGCAUCACAAAACCGUGCAUAUACCAAGGUAAGACCCUAGCCUCCCAAAUUAGAAUGAAACCUAACUUGCUCUAUCUUGGUGCAGGUAAAUUGGUUUUGAGGACAAAACCUUUUGAAGAGGGAGGGAAUGAUGAGGACCUAAAGUCAGUAGCUGGACCACCAACUCAUGAGAUCAACCAUACAAGCUACAUUGGAGCCAGCAGCGACAUAGGUGCACUCAAAGAAGGAUAUCUUUGCAACCAUAAGGAAUUUAACCGUGAAACCAGUUUCUAUAGAUUCUCAACUCAACCAGAGCACGCAGCGAAUUGGUUUCAUACCAAAAAGAGUAAUGGUUUAGGAGAUAUGCCAGUUACAAGUCAGACUAUCUACACUGCAUCCGAAUUGGUUCUAAUUAAGGAAAGUAAUUCUUUGCUUAAGGAGUGUGCAACUCAAACUCACGUGUGGAAACCAGAAGAUUAUUCAUU